AGGACACCGAGUAAAACAGACUUUCCCCAAUAAUGUAUUGAGUGGCUGGAGCAUGGACACAGUCUUUUUUUUCUUUUUCUUGAUCAGGCAUGGACACAAUCUAUAAGUAGAUAACAUCUACAGUACUGACUCCUGAGAUUCUCUCUCUCUCUCUCUCUCUUCAGGAGACAAAUAGUGGGGUUAAAAAAGAACUCCAUUUUGAUCCAACCACAAACAAAAGAUCACAUAAUAAGGGGCUUGUUCGAAGUGCAAUGGCUUCCGGAGUGGCCUCCUUCUUUCUAGCUACUGCAUGGUUUCUUGUCCACAGCCAUGCCAAUUUGGCUGGCCUUGCGCCAGAGGGGCUUGAAACAGCUCCUGGAUUCAGCUACUCUGGAAACAACGGCCCAGACAAAUGGGGAAGCUUGAGCCCGAUUUACGCGCCGUGUUCUAACGGAAAGUGGCAGUCUCCGAUUGAUAUUGAAAAGGACAAAGUUGUCCUAAACAAAACAUUGAAGCCCUUAGUGAGCAAUUAUUAUCCCACAAAUGCUACUUUGGUUGACCAUGGCUACAACGUUGGGGUGCUAUUUGGAAAUGCUGGAGUGCUGAUUGUAGAUGGCAAGAACUACACCUUGCUGCAAAUGCACUGGCAUAUCCCUUCCGAACACAAAAUUAAUGGUGUCUCAUACGCAGCCGAGCUUCAUCUAGUUCACAAGGCGAGCGAUGGCGGCUUUUCGGUAGUAGCCGUCCUUUAUAAACUUGGUCAUCCCGAUCCUAUUGUUGCCAAGGUCCAAAGGAAAUUAAGUGAGCUAGAAAAGGAGGUGAGGGCAAGGCAUAAAGUGGUGGCUCAGGUGGCUGUGGGGACCUUCGAAACCCAGAAACUGAAGAGACACCCCCACAAGUAUUACAGAUAUGGUGGUUCUCUCACCACUCCUCCGUGCUCCGAAAGUGUCAUCUGGCACGUCCUCGCCAAGGUGAGAUCCAUAUCUAGAGAACAAGUUGAGGCAUUGGACGCUCCGUUGGAAUCGACGUGCAAGAGAAACUGCAGGCCCGUGCAGCCCUUGAAUGGUAGACGAGUCGAGCUGUUCGAUGAGCUUGCUUGAAUUACGUACUAUUCAAGAUCGAUCUUUACUGAUCGAGAUGCAUAUGCACAAGCUAGCUAGCACUUAUUAUUAACUAGAUACUAAAUGGUUGCGUUGUGUACUUGUUGUAUUCACGAGUGUACAAACUCCCUGUAUCGCUCAUGAUCGAUGUGCUUCGAUCCCUCCUGGGAAUGUCCGCUAAAAUCAGAACGAUACACAGCGAUUCGUAUGACUUGCUAGAACUAUCGUAACGAAUGCGGCCGGGUUCGAGGGCCCUGCGUGCUGUUGUCUGCUUCAUUGGUGUAUUGAGUUUGAAGGUGCUCACCCAUCUAUCAACUGUCAAGGACUCAAGGGGGAGUAUUAUCGCAUUUCUCGUGGAAUUAGCCUGUUUUUAUGUUCUGAAGUCUACCCCGUAUAAUAAACUCUACCGAUUAGUGUUUGAAAAAA